GAGACGCCUUGCUCCGGGGGCUUUGUUUUCAUUGCGCGCGCUGCGCUGCGCUCGCUCGCGAGUCAUCUCCAGCAAGGCCUGCUACUCUGCAAAUAAUAUUCUACAACCUAUCACGUGUCUUUAGAUAGGCCACGUGGAUUAACAAAGUAGGUCUGCCCCCCGCUAGCCCACAGCUUCAGGUUUUGCUAUUUCUUUAACUGAUCCUAAGUGCACACAUUAACCAAAAGCUCGCCUUUAAUCCUAUGGAAUAAUUUAGGAGCAUGAAUGCGCCAGCGCUUUAUAAGCGGCUGCCUCCAGUCUGCUCAUCUCAGUCUGUAGCGUCUGGAAACAGCAGAACCUACUAGUCUAGCUACAAUAAUUUCACAAUUCUAUCAUUUUUUUCUAGUUUUUUAUCAAAUGAUGGCGUCUAAGAUGAAGGAUCGCAAGAAAACUCCUGUUUCUCACAAGGUCAUUGAGAAAAGAAGAAGAGACCGAAUCAACAGAUGUCUAAACGAGCUGGGAAAGACCGUUCCUAUGGCACUGGCUAAACAGAAUUCUGGGAAACUCGAGAAAGCAGAAAUUCUGGAAAUGACUGUGCAGUAUCUGCGCGCGCUCCACUCCGCAGAUUUUCCGCGCGGGAGAGAGAAAGGAGAACUGCUGACAGAGUUUGCGAAUUACUUUCACUACGGCUAUCACGAGUGCAUGAAGAACCUCGUUCACUAUCUGACCACCGUGGAGCGAAUGGAGACCAAAGACACCAAGUACGCACGGAUCCUCGCCUUCCUGCAGUCCAAAGUCGUUACCGAGCCCGUGUUCGGCUCGUUAGGUACCAUCUCUCCAGACCCUACGGACCUUCUGUGCCAGCUGGAGUACCAGAGUCCAAGUCCAACCGAGUCAGUGUUUCAGCAGAGCCCUCCUGGACACUUUUCCUGGCACAGCUCGGCGCGCAGCCCCACGCUCGCGUACCCUGCGAUGUCUCAGCACAGCGGAUACUUGUCACCGGUUCAGGGACUCGAUCACCAUUACAUGAACUUCAUCGGGCACUCACACCCACACAAUGCCUUCAGCUUACACAGUGCACAACACGCUGCUCUGUAAAUACGUCUGCAGAUGUCCUUAAUUUAUAUAUGUUUACAUGUUUUAUUUUAAUAAGUAGAUGUAUCAUGAAAUAAAUGAUGUUUGAAUAAGA